ACAGUCCGUCGACUAUUUAUGAUGUAUAUAUACGCAUGGCUACGGUGAUGUUGAGGAGUGCUUUCAGAUUUCAUACCUUUGUGAAGACUCAAAACUGUGUGAACCUUCCGUGCUGGCUCCGCCCCCUCUCUUGCGGGGUCCUGAAGCAAGCGGCAGCACAGCCCUGCAGUUCCCAGAGAGCCUGCGUCUCAGAGCCGAUGCCCGAGCAGGAGAGUGGGGCAGACUCUGCCCUGUACACCCCUCCUCCAGGGGUGCGCGGGAUGACCAGCCUGGACCGGGAAGCCUUCACGUGGAAGGUGAGCGUCCCCGCCCUGCGCCUGCCGAAGAAAGUGCUCAACCAGCUGGUGAAGAGCCUGAAGAGGGUGGCCCUGCAGCGGCCCGGCAUUAAGCGGGUGGUGGAGGACGGCGAUGACGCGGACCACCGGCUCCUGCUGCUGGACCCGGCCAGCGUCUCCUCCCCGAGCUCCUUAGGCGACGCGGAGACGCAGGCGCUGGGGAAGCUGGGCGUGGCCCUAGAGCUCCGGGACUACGAGCUGCGGCUGACCUACGAGAACCUGAAGAGCGAGGAGGUGCUGCGGGCCGUGCUGCCCGAGGGCCAGGACAUCACCUCGGGGUUCAGCCGCGUGGGGCACAUCGCGCACUUAAACCUGCGCGAGCACCUGCUGCCCUACAGGAGCCUGAUCGGUGAAGUUAUAAUGGACAAGAACCCAGGAGUGACCUGCGUUGUUAAUAAGACAAACACCAUAGACUCUACCUAUCGCAACUUCCAGAUGGAAGUUCUGGCAGGAGAUGGCAACAUGGUGGCCAAGGUGCGGGAGAACGGCUGUGUGUACGAGUUUGACUUCUCGCGGGUGUACUGGAACCCGCGCCUCAGCACGGAGCACGAGCGGGUGGUGGCCCUCCUGCGGCCCGGGGACACCGUGCUGGACGUGUUCGCGGGCGUCGGGCCCUUCGCCGUCCCCGCCGCCCGCCGCGGCUGCGCCGUGCUGGCCAACGACCUCAACCCCGAGUCCCACCGCUGGCUGCUGCACAACUGCAAGCUCAACAAGGUGGACGGGAAGGUGCGGGCCUUCAACAUGGACGGCCGGGCCUUCGUCCGGGGCCCGCUCAGGGAGGAGCUGCCCGCCCUGCUGGGGGGCCCCGGCCGGGUGCACGUGGUCAUGAACCUGCCCGCCCUGGCGCUGGACUUCCUGGACGCGUUCCGCGGCCUGCUGGGCCAGGGCCCGUCCGUUAGCGUUAGCGUUAGCGAGGGAAGCCUGCCGUUGGUGCACUGCUACGGCUUCUCCAAGCAGGACGACCCGCAGAGGGACGUGACGGAGAGGGCCUCGGCCAGCCUGGGCAGCCCGCUGGAGGGGCGCUGCUCCGUGCACCUGGUGCGCAACGUGGCCCCCAACAAGGAGAUGAUGUGCGUGAGCUUUGCCCUGCCCAGAGAGGUGCUCUUCUCCAAUGAGACUGCGGAGGACGGCUCCCCAGAGGAACCAGCCCCAAAGAGACAGAAGUGUGAGGAUAUGUCUGCCUGAAAACACCCCCAGCACGAAAGAUGCUUUAUUUUUUAUUUUAUUUUAUUUUUUACUCUACACGGACUGUUCAGUUUGCCUGCUUUUGUCUGAUGCUGCUGUGGUGAUCCUUUUUUUAAUAAAGUACCAAUGAGGUAGAAUCUGUAAA